AUGUAUUCAUGGUUUCCCGAGGAUAUUCAUGUUAAAGAUGAUAUUGAACUACUGGAUGCUUUAGAGUGCGCAAUUAUUAAAGGAACAGACGAUUGGUUUGAGUAUUACAUGUUAAGUUCGAAUGUCAUUAAAGAUACAGAUGAUAUGAAUCAGUGUAUUGAUAUUAUUCAUAACGUUGAAAUAGACUUGCAAAAAGCUAGAGAUCAGUACGAAAACAUAUUUAUUGAAACCAUUAACUAUCCUUAUACAAGAAUUGUCUACAUUACGUAUGAAAAGAAAAUAAGCGAAAUGUGCAUUUCCAUUGUCAAAGAUAUAUGCAGCAAAUUCAGUAUAUCAGAUAUGUCAUCUUGGGAAAUACUUUGCACUAAACUAUUCAAGUUUUAUUUUGUUGUUCAACAAUUUGCAGAGCUAGGACAGAUUUUGUGUUCUGAUCAAACGAUGGAGCAUAUGCAAAUUCACGACUAUCAUGAUUGGUUCGAGCCAGGAGUGAUUUUCUGGUUGAGUAUGACCUCUGCAAAAGCACGAUCUGUAAUCGAUCGUGCUAUCGAGUUCGACAAGUUUCAAGCAGUAGAUUCAAGUGUACGGUAUACUUCUAGCGCCAUGGAUCUUCUUACUAUUUUUCACGAGAUUAAGGAUUUCUGGUUAAAACUCGCUUGGCCUGAAGGUGAAAAAACUUACAAAAUUCUCAUGAAAAUUGUCGAUGAUAUAUGUCGGUGCUCUUUGGUAUAUGUAGAUCGAAUAGCUGCCAAAUUUACCGAUGAUUGCACGGAUUUCAUGACAAGUACUCUCGUUACUUUAUUAACUAAAUCGUUCUAUGUUUCCUCGAACUGGUGCUACUCAGUUAAUAAUAUUUACUACAUAAAAACAUCUAUAGAAUCUCUUUUUGUAAAUGAUCUCCAAGUCGAAAAAGUAUUUCAAACAAUAGAUCGUACAAUGAGCCCUGUAAAUGCCAAACAGAGUGAAAGAAAACUUCGAUCCCUCAUGGAUGAGACAAGAGGUACUAUGGACAAUCUGAUCGCUACAAUGCAGAGCUCUGUUGUUACAAAUAUGACUCCGACAAUGGCAAGGCUUUUGAAAGAUGGUACAGAACAAUUCGACUCGAACAAACCAUUUAUGGAGAAACUCAUGGAAUAUUUAGAACAAAAUUUACAUACGCUUCACGAACACCUUAACGAAGAAGCUUUCGAAAAAUGUUUGCAACUUUUAUGGGGCAUGAUGUUCGAGUUGUUUCAUCGAUUGACUGAGGAUAGCUUAAAGACUCAAGUGAACUAA